AGGGCGCCGCACCGCCCGGAGCUACCUCCGGAGCUGCGGGGGAAAGCGCCGGGCUGGGUGGCGGCCACCUGGGGCGAAGCGGCAGGAGUGGGUGCAGCCAGGAAGGGGGCAGGCGCCGCAGGGUCGGGGCCACGGCCGAGGGUCUUGGAUUCGCCGUCGCCAAUCCCCUGCUCUGUGUCUCGAGGGGUCCAAGUUGCCCCUCCUAGCCCCCCAAUCUAGGUCACCACCGGGAAGGGUUGAGCCGGGGGUGGUUGGACGGAGCGACGGGCCGACUGUCCGCCCCAGAGGUGGGCGAAGAGUAAAUUGCCUCAGGGCCGGCCCCUCUCACUUCCACCGGAUUGUAAUUCCAUCCCCGGGCGGGUCCAGCCUCCCUCCCUCCCUCCGCGGCCAGCGGGUCCCUCCCCGUCGGCCUCCUUCGCCGCCCCCACCCCCCCUAAAAGCCCUGGCGCUGGCAGCCGGCUUCACUCCCGCACGCCGACCGCCUGGCUGCUGUCCUGCCUCCUCGGACUCCUCGGUGGGCGCUGGUCCAGCUUCCUCAGCCCCCCACCCCCUCGCCCCGGCCCGGGGAUCCGCGGGGCCGGCGUCCUGCACGUCCCCCAGGAGACGCCCUUUCUCUGCGCGCCCGGGACUUGGUGAAACUUUGCAGGCGCCCGUGGUGAGAUGGAUUUAAUCCAAGGCAUCUUGUUCCGGCUCUUGCUCCUGGCCUCCAGCCUCAGGCCCGGCUUUGUGUCGCUCGGAGAGGCUCUCCGAAAACCAGGCAAGAUGGGGCCUCCUCUGCACGUCGCGCUGGACGCACUGAACUGCACGGCUUUCAGCAUCCAGUGGAAAAUGCCCAGGCACCCCAGGCGCCCCAUCACUGGGUAUACCGUCUUUUACAAUGCCGUGGGCGAGGAUAAACCCCCGCAGGAGCGGCACCACGGCGUGCGGCUGGGCCAGGACAUCGCCACCCACGGGCAGUCUGGUCAUCGGGUGAUCUUUGAGGAAGUGAUCGGAGGUUUGAGGCCAGGCACCGAAUAUGAAGUGAGUGUGGCAGCUUCCAGCCCGACGGGCAAAGGGUGGCUCAGCUCUUUGCGGCGUGUUACCACCUUGCCCCAAGAUUCCUGCCUGCCUCCCGCAACGCCCCAACGGCCGCAGGUCACCGUGGUGUCCGAGUCCGAGGUGGCCCUGUCCUGGAAGCCCGCAGAGAGUGCAGGGAGCUCCCCUAUUCAGUACUACUCUGUGGAAUUCAUCAGACCAGAUUUCGACCAGAGCUGGGCCUUAAUCCAAGAGCACGUCCAGAUGGACUCCAUGGUUAUCAAGGGCCUCGAUCCGCACACCAAGUACCAGUUUGCUGUGAGGGCUGUCAACCCCCACGGCCCGAGCGCCCGCAGCCCGCCCAGCGACACCGUCCGGACCUCCCGCCCCGAGGAGGCAGGAAGCGGCCACUAUGGACCCCAUUACAUAACCGGCUCAGGCGUCAGUGAAGAUGAUGAGGAUGAUGAUGACGAUGACGGCUUUGAAGACGACUUGGACUCGGAUAUUUUCUUUGAGGAGGUGAAACCACUUCCUGCUAUUAAAGGGGGGAAUGAGAAAUUAUUGGUGGAACCCAACAUGGUGCCAGGAUCAGACCCAAAAACCGUUUCUAAGCUCGUGCCCCCGACCCCAGCGUCCCUCCCCACGAUGGUGGUGGCUCCCCAGCCCACUCCAGUGAAGAGACAGGACCUGAACGGCGGGCCCAGGAUGCCGAGGCUCUUCGACAUGUCUUGCGAUGAAACUCUCUGCCCUAUUGACAGUUUCUGUGCCAAUGCCUACACCAGGGGGCGAUCUCGAUGCCAUUGCAACCUGGGCAAAGGGGGUGAGAGCUGCUCAGAAGAUAUCGCUAUACAGUACCCUCAGUUCUUUGGCUACUCUUACGUAACCUUUGAACCUUUGAAAAACUCCCAUCGGGCAUUUCACAUUACCCUUGAAUUUCGGGCCGAGGCGGAGGAUGGCUUACUGCUCUACUGUGGGGAGAACGAACACGAGAGGGGCGACUUCAUGUCCCUGGCCAUCAUCCGACGCUCCCUGCAGUUCAGGUUUAAUUGUGGAACCGGGGUCGCCAUCAUCGAAAGCGAGACCAAAAUCAAACUGGGGGGCUGGCAUAUGGUGACGCUCUACAGAGAUGGGCUGAAUGGGCUGCUGCAGCUGAACAACAACACCCCGGUGACCGGCCAGUCCCAGGGCCACUACAGUAAAAUCACCUUCCGGACGCCUCUGUAUCUUGGUGGGGCUCCCAGUACCUACUGGUUGGUCAGAGCCACCGGAACCAGCCACGGCUUUCAGGGCUGUGUGCAGUCGCUCUCGGUGAAUGGGGAGAGAGUGGACAUGAGGCCCUGGCCGGUGGGGAAGGCGCUCAGCGGGGCCGACGUGGGCGAGUGCAGCAGUGGGAUCUGUGACGAGACCUCGUGCGUCAACGGCGGCACCUGCGCAGCGGUCAGGGCUGACUCUUACAUCUGCCUAUGUCCCCUCGGGUUUAAAGGCCGACACUGCGAAGAGGCUUUCACCUUGACCGUCCCUCAGUUCAGAGAGUCCCUGCGCUCCUACGCUGCCACGCCCUGGCCCCUGGAGCCCCGAUACUACCUUUCCUUCAUGGAGUUCGAGAUCACGUUCCGACCGGACUCGGGCGACGGCGUCCUCCUGUACAGCUACGACACGGGCAGCAAGGACUUCCUGUCGCUCAACAUGGCAGGCGGCCACGUGGAGUUCCGCUUUGACUGCGGCUCCGGGACCGCCGUGCUCAGGAGUGAGGAACCCCUCGCCCUCGGUCACUGGCACGAGCUGCGUGUGUCCCGCACGGCGAGGAACGGCCUCUUACAGGUGGAUAAGCAGAAGGUGGUGGAAGGCAUGGCGGCGGGAGGCUUCACACAGAUUAAUUGCAACACGGAUAUUUUUAUUGGCGGAGUCCCCAGUUACGAUGAGGUGAAGGACAAGUCGGGCAUCCGCCAGCCGUUCAGUGGGAGCAUCCAGAAGAUCACCCUGAACGACCGCGCCGUCCACGUGAAGCACGACCUGAGCUGGGGCGUGAACGUGGAGAAUGCCGCCCACCCCUGCGUGGCGGGCCCCUGCGCCCACGGGGGCAGCUGCCGACCCCGAAAGGAGGGCUAUGAGUGUGACUGUCCCUUAGGCUUUGAGGGUCUGCACUGCCAGAAAGCCGUCACGGAAACCAUCGAGACUCCGCAGUUCAUCGGCCGCAGCUACCUGACCUACGACAGCCCGGACAUCCUCAAGAGGGUGUCCGGAUCAAGGUCAAAUGUAUUCAUGAGGUUUAAGGCCACUGCCAAAGACGGCCUGUUGAUGUGGCGGGGAGACAGCCUCCUGUCCAACAGUGACUUCAUUUCCUUGGGCCUUCGAGACGGAGCCCUGACGUUCAGCUAUAAUCUGGGCAGCGGCGUGGUGUCCAUCGUGGUGAACGGCUCCUUCCAUGAUGGGCGGUGGCACCGGGUCAAGGCUGUUCGGGACGGCCCGUCGGGAAAGAUCACGGUGGACGACUAUGGGGCCAGGACGGGCAAGUCGCCCGGCACCAUGAGACAGCUGAACAUCAACGGGCCGCUGUACGUGGGUGGCAUGAGGGACAUCGCUCUGCACACUAACAGGCAGUACGUGCGAGGCCUCGUGGGCUGCAUCUCCCAUCUCACCCUGUCCACCGAUUACCACGUUGCCCUGGUGGCGGAUGCCGCGGAUGGUAGGAACAUCAACACCUGCGGAGCCAAGUAACGCCGGCCGGCCUUGCCCAAGGGACGGAGCCUUCUACCCUGAGAGCCCCCGGGGGGCCCUCAGCCCCUGCCGACACUGUACGCCGAGGCAGGGGGGGCUGGCUGUGCUCGUUCCCAUCGAGGGGAAAGUGCACCCGGCUGAGAAACUAGAACCCAGACAGGAGUCCCUGUGUGGCCUUUCCUGCUGACACUCCGUGGGCCAAACCUGCCGGAAUCUUCCGUGUAGGAAGCAGCGGACUUUGUCCACUGAACGUGCCGUGGCUGCCAGAGAUCACACACCAGGCCCACUCGGGCCUGUCCGCUGUGGCUCAGUGACCGCCCUGUGAGUCAUGAUGCGUUAGAAGAGAGACCUGAUGGGCGGUAUUAACAUACUUCUCCCCGUCCCUGACUCGUGGUACUGACUGACAGCAGAAUGACUGUGUGACCUUGAACCUGGAGCUUCUCACCUUGGCCCAUGAAUUAUUAGGAUUAACCCCUUCCACUCCUCACUGGCUGUUUCAAUGUGCUCUGACUCUUCCAUGAAAAUAAGAGGGAGGGGAGACCACAUGGAGACUCAUAACCGUGAUGCUGCCCUGAAGUUUACCUUUAGUGAGAAAUCCCUGCUUUUUAUAAUGUUAAUCUAAGAAAGUGGGCACCCUGAUUUUGUAGCUGUCCUUUUGUAUGUGUAUAUUUUUAUAGCUGCAGAUUGUCCACACAGUAUAAUUUUGCAAGUUUGGGUGGCCAGCCCUGAAUUCUUUGCACAGCUCCUGAAAAUGGGCCCUUAGUGGUAUCAGUGGAGUGGGGUGGGCGUUGUCUUGGGGAGCUGACCGUUCUCCUCCGGUAAAUGUUGACGGCUGGAGGAAAGGAACUGGAAGCUUCCCGGAUAAGCGGAUCAAAAGGUACACGUGUUACUGGGGGCGGGGUGGGAGAAAGGGGCGCUGUCAUUUCUGUUUUCAGAGGGGAGGACUGUCUACAGGGAGCUCGGAUAAAGGAGAUGAGGAGGCCAGUGCUCAUUCAUUCAAUCCUUCCCUCACUGCUGACGGUGCGGUGGCCCCUGCAGAGGCCAUGCCCAGAAAUGGAAGCUGAGACCAUUCCUGUGUCCCAGGCUGUGCUGGGGGUGAACAGCAGGGCCAUCAGCUGUCCCUUCGCUGUUCACGCACGUGAUGCUGGUGACAGCUGCCUCGCUGGCAGGUCCCCAUGGCAGGGCUCACCGGGGGAAAGGUGAGAUGAACACUGACCCCAAAGAGCAGGGAAACAUGACCCAGCACACCGAGGAGCCUGUAUCUGGUCCCGGUCACGACUCGACUCCGGUUUGUGCCGCAUUCACGCAGUGAAGGCGUUGGGCCCUGUGCGGGGCGCACCUUUGGGCACAGUGAGAACUCUGUAAAACGAAAAAAUAAACGAGAGGCGUUCAC